UUCUCUCCUGCUGCUCCCUCUCAUAGCGCAGCGCUGCUCGAUCACUCAGGCUGUGCAAUGGAGAGAUGGGCGAUGCUGGCCGUGUUCGUGCUGCUGUGCUGCAGCUGCACUAUGGUUACUUCCAUCCAGAAGGCUGACAUGUUUCCUUACGGCACUUUAAAUGGAGAUUCGGUGUUGAGAGAGGGCGACGAUGAGACGUCCAAAGUGCUGUCCCUUCCCAGACCCUUGUACUUCUACAACUCCCCUUUCUCCCAGCUAUACGUGGCCACCAAUGGCAUCAUAUCAGCCCAGGACUUGCCAAUGGAGAAGCAAUACGUUGAUGACGGAUUCCCCACAGACUUCCCUGUGGUGGCUCCAUUCCUGGCUGACAUUGACACAAGCAGAGGGCGAGGACAGAUUUACUACAGGGUGACUGAAACACCCAGUGUGCUCAACAGAGUCGCACAGGAAGUACACCGGGGGUUCCCAGGUGCAAAGUUCACACCCACACACGCUGUAGUGGCAACCUGGGAAAAUGUCCCGGCAUACGAAGAACAAACUCGACCCCCUAGCCCUCCAAACAAGGUCAAUACGUUCCAGGCUGUUAUUGGUUAUGAUGAGAUAGACUCAUAUGUCCUCUUCCUCUACCCUGAAGGCAGUCUGAACUUCUUUGGCACACUGCCUAAGGAGUCGUAUAAUGUUGAGAUAAAGCUUCCAGCAAGAGUUGGCUUCAGCAGAGGAGAAAUUCCAAAUUUCAUAUUUACCCGAAGUGAAGGCCCUUACUACAGUGUCACCAGUAAUGAGCAGAGUGUUAAAAACCUCUACCAGUUUGGUAACAGUGGAAUUCCAGGCCUUUGGCUUUUCCACACUGGAAACCGUUAUUCCUUUGACAACAUUGUACCUGCAUCCAUUAGAGGUCCUGUUUCUACUCCACCAACUGUAGGAUAUGACUCCCACCUGGGCACCACCACCCCAGACUAUGAUGAGUUUGAAGAAUAUGUGGAGAAUACGUUCGACCCUAAUACCCAAGAAAGAGAAGAUGAUUAUCCUUUAACAGGGAGGAACCCUGAAUUCCAGCCUGCACCUGCUGAUGGUGACCGAUCAGGUUUCCUUCUACCGCAAAGCCAUUAUGGGAGCGACAAUAUACCAUUGACCUCUGAACCUGUGUAUGGUUUCGAGCCACCAGAGAGGCAGUACGCUUCCCCUAAUCCUCCACAGACAGUCGCAGAGGGAGGUGCUCAGCAGCACCAGGAACAGCAACCACAGCUGCCUCUGGAAGUGGUGAAUGUGCACACCCCACAUAGAAAUGCUCCGCCUCUUUCCCCUGGAGCACAUGUGGUCAGUGUGGAUGAAGAACAGGUUAAUUUUGACACAGGAGUGAUUCAAUAUACUACAGAGAAUAAGGAAACAUGUGCCAGAUUCCUGCAGCAGUGCUCCCAGAAUGCAUUUUGCACUGACUAUGCCACAGGCUUCUGCUGUCACUGCCAACCAGGCUUCUAUGGAAAUGGACGCCACUGUCUGCCUGAUGGUGCCCCCCAGCGUGUUAGCGGUAAGGUGAGCGGCACUAUGUAUGUGGGAUCGACUCCAGUAUCGCUGAACAACAUUGAUCUCCAUGCCUACAUCGUGGUGGGAGACGGGAGGGCGUAUACUGCCAUCAGCGAGGUACCGGAACCAGUGGGCUGGGCACUGAUGCCAGUUGCACCCAUUGGAGAGCUAUUUGGAUGGCUGUUUGCUUUGGAGCUGCAGAAUAGCCAAGCGGGAUUCAAACUGACAGGUGCUGAGUUCAGUCGUCACGCAGAGGUUGUAUUUUACCCUGGCAACCAGCACUUGUCAAUUAUUCAGACGGGCCGUGGCCUCGAUGACCACAACCACCUAACCGUGGAUACUGUAAUCAGCGGCAGUGUGCCCUUCCUUCCUCCUGGUGCUGAAGUUACCAUGGAGCCCUUCAAAGAGACUUAUCAGUACUACCCCUCAGUUGCAACCUCCACCUCUAUUAGAGAGUAUUCAGUGGUUACAACAGACCGAGGGUCCGAGUCCUUCUCUUUCCAGCUGAAACAGAAUAUCACCUACCGUGACUGCCCACACAACAACCAAGCUGCCACCCCGGAGACUUUGCAGAUCCUUAUGGAGAGGGUGUUUGUCAUGUUCGUGAAGGAGGAGCGGAUCCUGAGAUACGCCAUCACCAACAAAAUCAGCCCAGUUAGAGCUCCAGGCCCUGAGCUGUACAACCCUUGCUAUGCCGGGACCCACGACUGUGACACCACAGCCCAGUGCAUCCCGUUAGAGGACCUGGCUUUCCAGUGCCAGUGCGCUACUGGUUAUACAGGAGAUGGGCACAACUGUUACGACAUAGAUGAGUGCGCUGAGGGUUUGGGCACAUGUGGGGAUAAUUCUGAGUGUGUGAACCUGCCUGGGAGUCACCGCUGUCACUGCCAGAGGGGCUACGAAUUUGGCUACGAUGGGCGUACCUGUGUUGAUCGACCGGAGCGUCUUAAAACUCGCUGUGAGCACCACAGAGACAGCAUAAAGACCACCAGUGCUGAUGGAUAUCCUAUAACUGGAGUCUACAAACCACAGUGUGAUGCAGAAGGGCAGUAUCUACCUCAGCAGUGCCAUGGCUCCACUGGCUAUUGUUGGUGUGUGGACAGUAGAGGAGAGGAGAGAGCAGGAACCAGGACUCCACCUGGUGCAGCACCUGUAGACUGUGACAGACCAGAUCAACCAGAGCGUGUUAAAACUCACUGUGAGCACCACAGAGACAGCGUAAAGACCACCAGUCCUGAUGGAUAUCCUAUAGUUGGAGUCUAUGUACCACAGUGUGAUGCAGAAGGACAGUAUCUACCUCAGCAGUGCCAUGGCUCCACUGGCUAUUGUUGGUGUGUGGACAGUAGAGGAGAGGAGAGAGCAGGAACCAGGACUCCACCUGGUGCAGCACCUGUAGACUGUGACAGACCAGAGCGUGCUAAAACUCACUGUGAGCACCACAGAGACAGCGUAAAGACCACCAGUGCUGAUGGAUAUCCUAUAACUGGAGUCUACAAGCCACAGUGUGAUGCAGAAGGACAGUAUCUACCUCAGCAGUGCCAUGGCUCCACUGGCUAUUGUUGGUGUGUGGACAGUAGAGGAGAGGAGAGAGCAGGAACCAGGACUCCACCUGGUGCAGCACCUGUAGACUGUGACAGACCAGAUGAGCGUCUCAAAACUCACUGUGAGCACCACAGAGACAGCGUGAAGGCCACCAGUCCAGACGGAAAUCCUAUAACUGGAGUCUAUGUACCACAGUGUGAUGCAGAAGGACAGUAUCUACCUCAGCAGUGCCAUGGCUCCACUGGCUAUUGUUGGUGUGUGGACAGUAGAGGAGAGGAGAGAGCAGGAACCAGGACUCCACCUGGUGCAGCACCUGUAGACUGUGACAGACCAGGUCUACCAGAGCGUGCUAAAACUCACUGUGAGCACCACAGAGACAGUGUAAAGACCACCAGUGCUGAUGGAUAUCCUAUAACUGGAGUCUACAAACCACAGUGUGAUGCAGAAGGACAGUAUCUACCUCAGCAGUGCCAUGGCUCCACUGGCUAUUGUUGGUGUGUGGACAGUAGAGGAGAGGAGAGAGCAGGAACCAGGACUCCACCUGGUGCAGCACCUGUAGACUGUGACAGACCAGUUCAACCAGAGCGUGCUAAAACUCACUGUGAGCACCACAGAGACAGCGUAAAGACCACCAGUGCUGAUGGACAUCCUAUAACUGGAGUCUACAAACCACAGUGUGAUGCAGAAGGACAGUAUCUACCUCAGCAGUGCCAUGGCUCCACUGGCUAUUGUUGGUGUGUGGACAGUAGAGGAGAGGAGAGAGCAGGAACCAGGACUCCACCUGGUGCAGCACCUGUAGACUGUGACAGACCAGAUCAACCAGAGCGUGUUAAAACUCACUGUGAGCACCACAGAGACAGCAUAAAGACCACCAGUCCUGAUGGAUAUCCUAUAGUUGGAGUCUAUGUACCACAGUGUGAUGCAGAAGGACAGUAUCUACCUCAGCAGUGCCAUGGCUCCACUGGCUAUUGUUGGUGUGUGGACAGUAGAGGAGAGGAGAGAGCAGGAACCAGGACUCCACCUGGUGCAGCACCUGUAGACUGUGACAGACCAGGUCUACCAGAGCGUGCUAAAACUCACUGUGAGCACCACAGAGACAGUGUAAAGACCACCAGUGCUGAUGGAUAUCCUAUAACUGGAGUCUACAAACCACAGUGUGAUGCAGAAGGACAGUAUCUACCUCAGCAGUGCCAUGGCUCCACUGGCUAUUGUUGGUGUGUGGACAGUAGAGGAGAGGAGAGAGCAGGAACCAGGACUCCACCUGGUGCAGCACGUGUAGACUGUGACAGACCAGUUGCAGUGACUCCAACAGAACGCCCUGAGAGCAUGUGUGAGCGAUGGAGAGCCAGUUUGAUUGAGCACUAUGGUGGAAAACCUGGCCCACAGCAGUAUGUACCUCAGUGUGAGCCAGAUGGAGAGUUCAGUCCAGUCCAGUGUUAUGGAGAGACCAACUACUGUUGGUGUGUGGACCAGAAUGGACACAUGGUUCCCGGAACCAAAUCAGAUGAUGCUGUCAAACCUGCAUGCAUCUCGUCAGUGCCACCGCCUACGGUGCGUCCAACAUCCCGUCCAGAUGUCAGCCCUCCCACAAACACUGACAUCACACUGCUGUACGCUCAGGGACAGAAAAUAGGAGCGCUGCCUCUCAACGGGACCAGACUAGACGAAAGCCGAUCCAAAACACUAUUGGCUCUACAUGGCUCCAUAGUUGUUGGUAUAGCCUAUGACUGCAAGGAAAACCAAGUCUAUUGGACAGAUUUGUCUGCAAGAUCAAUCAACAGAGCUUCAAUGGUGUCUGGUGCUGAGCCUGAGGUUCUCAUUAACACAAAUCUCGUCAGUCCAGAAGGUUUGGCAGUGGAUGUCAAACGCCGGCUGCUGUUCUGGGUGGACUCAACUCCUGAUGUGAUUGAAAGAGCCAACUUGGACGGCAGUGGGAGGAGGACCCUGUUUGACACAGACUUGGUCAACCCCCGUGCCAUCAUAGUGGUUUCUUCCACCGGUACUCUGUAUUGGACAGACUGGAACAGAGAGGCCCCUAAGAUCGAGAGCUCAUCAGUGGAUGGUCAAAACCGCCGGGUGAUAGUGUCUGAUGGGAUUGGUUUGCCAAAUGCUCUAACAUAUGACUCUGCUUCUGAACAGAUCUGCUGGGCUGAUGCAGGUACAAAGCGUCUAGAGUGUAUAUCUUCAGAUGGUUCAGGUCGAAGAGUAAUCCACACCAACCUCAACUACCCAUUCAGCAUGGUCUACUACAGGAACCACUUCUAUUACACUGACUGGCGGAGGGAUGGCGUGAUUGCAGUGAACAAAGACAGAAGUCUGUUCACUGAUGAGUACUUGCCUGAGCAGCGCUCUCAUUUGUAUGGCAUCACGGUAGCAACGACCCACUGCCUACCAGGGAGCCACUAACGACAGCCUGCACCCGCAGUGUGCUUUGGUGCUAAAGUUCUGAGGCGAUUCAUGGACAUAGGGCAGGUCCAGGCCCUCUGGUGUCCCUCUGGAAGAAGGACACUCAGCAGGGAGCAAAGAUGGCUUCCGACAGCCAGAUCAGCAGUCAGAGCAAAUUUACACCCACUCCAACCCCAGUAUCUCACCUUAAUGUAACCCAAAGUAAAUGAUUUGUAAAUUUGUUUUAUACCUCAUUUUUAGUUUUUUUCUACUGUAUUUUUGUAUUGCUUGAGAUUUUUGUUUUUCUGUUGAAUAAAGGUGCAGAACAAUGAAAUCAGAUGUUAAAAUGCAUGGUUGUAGUUUUUGGGGGUUUCCUUGUACUUUAAAGCCAAAGAAGAAUAAUUUGAAGCUUUUCCUUUUGGGAAAACUAACAUCAAGCUGUUGAGUUUUUUUUAUAUAUCAACAAAUAACAUUGGCCAUUAAGUUGAGAAGUUACAGCUGCACUCAUAGUGGUUUCUGGUUAACAACAAGAACAACUGCAUAUUAAAGGUGCAGUCUGGCUUUUUGGGAAAUACGUUUUGGGAAUAACACUGCACUCACAUCUGUGAGCUAAAUACACAGACUAAGAAAAAACUGGAUAUACGAUAUAUGGACAAAAGUCCUUGCCACACAUUACACCUAAAGGAGUUGCUUAACCAUGGAAACCCAUGCCAUGAAGUUACUAGCACACAGCUUUUUGUGCUGAUGUUAAUGACCGAGGAGGUUCGAAACUCGGCGGUUACUGAUUUAGCAGAUUUUGGCGACUUUUGCGCACUUCGUGUCGCAGCACUUUACGUGGUUUGAUAAUGUGUCCAAAUUGUAAUAAAACAACACUUAUGUCUUUUAGUCUUUGUUACACUGAAGCUAGUUUUGCCCAUAAAAUGCUAGCAUUAUGCUAAUGUCUGUUAAAGAUUUACAACAGAAAAUGCUUGAUUGAUGUUAGACUUUAGAAGUUGGUUGUUGGUGACUGUUAUUAGGAGACAUUGUCUGGCUACUGCUCCACCGAGCCCCUUUCAUUCUGGACUGUCUUGUAAACAAUCUGUAAGGAAUAACAGUUAAGAGAAUAAGAGCUCUGAGACAUUAAACUCUCAGCGUGCAAAGUCCUAGUUUCUCAGUCAGAUCUGUGCCAUGCUAUCUUACACCUUGGCAUUUCACUCAGGCUACGUCCACACGUACACGGGUAUUUUUGAAAACUGAGAUUUUCCGUUUUCAUUUUUUUAAAACAAAAAAAAAAAACCUGUCCACACGUAAACGCAAAAACGAAGGAAAACGCUGCUAGGAACAUGCCAAAGCAAUAGGUGGCAAUAUAUUCCUAACCGUGUAGAAAUGUUGGCCAAUCAGAAAUCUAGAAGCCUGGAUGGGAAAGAGUACACAGAGAUGGCGCAUAGAAGCAGAACUGAGUCCUAUGUGUGGAGGGACAUAAACUGUGUGUAUAUAUGUAAGCAUUUAAACACUGCAGAGAGUAAUAUUAACAGUAACAGUAUUUUGUCUAAGUCCGCCAUUGUAGAAAUUCAUUUCACUGAAACAAUAACGUGUCACACAGUGUGACGUCAAAAAAGGCGCACACCUUUGACGCUGCGUUUUCUCCGUUUUCCUCGUCCAUACGUAAAUGCAAAAACUGAGUUUUUGAAAAUCUCCACCCUGGCAGGAGUUUUCAAAAAUCUCUGUUUUUAGUGACCGGAAAUGCCGUUUACGUGUGGACAAAAGGUGCAAACGCAUAGAAAAAUCUGCGUUUUCAAAAAUACCUGUGGACGUAGCCUCAGUGGGUAAAGUCACAGUGGCUACUUUCUUCUUUUAUAUACAGUAUAUGCUUAAACAUAAAGCCACAGUCAGGAGAAGACUGGUUUACCAUCACUGAACGAGUGGAAGCAGGGAUAAAAUACAGCACCUAACACUAAAGAUUAAAGAUGACUUGAUUCUUUUAUAUCAGCAAAGUAAAAUGUAAGAGCAUCUUUCCCCAUCUUUUUCCCCAAAUGUAUCGAUACCUGCCAAGGAAUCAUGAUACUUGUAACCCUUGUCACUGAUACUGUUGUAUGCUUACCAGCUUUUGUAAUCCGAUUACUAUAAUCGGAGUAUGUUUCUCCAGCCUUCCCCAUCCAAUUAGCCCUACUAUACAUAUCUGCACUACUAAUUGUAUUUCACACAAAUGACAUUUUUUUAGCAAAUACCUUUUCUUCUUCUACUUUAAUUUUUUCAUAAGGUGUGAUAUUUAUAAAAUAAAAUGUGACUUGUU